UUAUCCUUAUCCCUUUCCACUUUCCUCCUGUCCAUUACACCAAAUAUUCCAUAUCAAUUUCUCCAUUAUUAUCACUUACACUUUGUCAAUUUUAUUUUCUGUCUUCUAGUUUUGGUUAACUUUGUAAAUUAUUUGUAAAUUUCAUCAAUGGCAGCUUCUGUUUCCUGCCACUAUUUUUCUUCCCCAUUAACAACUUCUACCAAAUCCAUAAAGCCUAAACUCAAUUACACCAAUUUUGCACCUGCUCUUAGUAAAGGAUCGAUUCGUCAUUCUGCUCCUUUAUGUUCUUCACAACGUUCGGCUCCUCCUGAAUUCCAAGAGAAAGAGAAAGAUUGGUUCUUGUCAUUGAAGAAAUGUGCAGCUGCAGUUGCAUUGUCAGUUAGUUUGAUAAGUGGACUACCUGGAUCGCAAUGGUUGGGUCCUGCUCAAGCGAGCACCCCAGCAUUGCCAGAUGUUUCUGUAUUGAUCUCAGGGCCACCAAUUAAGGAUCCAGGGGCAUUGUUGAGGUAUGCAUUGCCUAUAGACAGCAAGGCAAUAAGAGAAGUCCAGAAACCCCUCGAAGAUAUUACUGAUAGUCUCAAGAUUGCUGGUCUUAAGGCACUUGAUUCUGUUGAAAGAAAUACAAGACAAGCAUCACGAGCUCUCAAGGAAGGGAAAACCUUGAUUGUUUCAGGAGUAGCAAAGUCAAAGGCUGAUCACGCAAUUGAAUUGCUAAACAAACUAGAAGUUGGGUUAGGUGAGCUUCAACAAAUUGUUGAAGACAGGAAUCGAGAUGCUGUUGCACCUAAACAGAAGGAAUUGCUUAACUAUGUUGGAGGUGUUGAAGAGGAUAUGGUGGAUGGAUUCCCAUAUGAAGUACCUGAAGAAUAUCAAAAUAUGCCUUUACUGAAGGGAAGAGCAACUGUGGAUAUGAGGGUCAAAGUUAAAGACAAUCCCAACCUGGAGGAAUGCGUAUUUCGUAUUGUUCUAGAUGGCUAUAACGCUCCAGUUACUGCUGGAAAUUUUAUAGACCUGGUGGAGAGGCAUUUCUAUGACGGCAUGGAAAUUCAAAGAGCGGAUGGGUUUGUGGUCCAAACAGGAGAUCCUGAAGGUCCGGCCGAAGGUUUUAUUGACCCCAGUACUGAGAAAACCCGGACAAUACCUCUAGAGAUUAUGGUGGUUGGUGAAAAAGCACCAUUCUAUGGAGAAACCUUAGAAGAACUUGGUCUAUACAAGGCUCAAACAAGACUCCCUUUCAAUGCUUUUGGAACAAUGGCCAUGGCUAGAGAAGAAUUUGAGAACAACUCUGCCUCAAGCCAGGUGUUUUGGCUGUUGAAAGAAAGUGAGCUGACUCCUAGCAACGCCAAUAUAUUGGAUGGUCGAUAUGCUGUGUUCGGUUAUGUGACAGAAAAUGAGGACUUUUUGGCAGAUCUGAAGGUGGGAGAUGUGAUAGAAUCAGUACAAGUUGUGUCUGGCCUCGAUAAUCUUGUGAAUCCAAGCUACAAGAUUGCUGGUUAGACGAUGUCGUUUGAGUGACGAAUCGUAGGAAUUAAGACCUGCAUUGGGUUGUUCACAAAACUCUCUGAAGAGCAUAUUCUUAUCUUCAUCAUAUUAUAUUCAGCUAUUUCAGUUUCUUGCUUUAAAUUUCAUCUCAAGAUUGGAGUAAAAUAAUCUGAAUCCUCAUAUUAAGCCAAAAAGGUAUACCAUUUACCUUCCACUCAAUUCACUGCAAUAAUUUGUGAAUACUGAAACAUCAUCACUCGUGGUAUUCUUAAAUUUUAUUUUAUGAGUAAGGAAGAAUGAAAAUUUCAUUUGUAACCUCU